ACCAGCAUAAUCGCAAUCCCCAUGCUCGACACGACACGAACAGAGCAGGGCGCGCUCUGACUCCGUCUUUGCGGUUCCUUCCUCCUCCGAAAAUUGAUUUAUCUUCUUCAUCUCCUGCUUCAAAGCAGAGAUAUUUCUGAUUCCGUGGGAUAUUUUGUUUCGAUUUUCUCGCGGGCUCGUCGAUGACCAAAAGUUUUGGCCCUUUUUAAGGUGUUUCCCGUGAAAGUUGCUUUCUGGGGUUGCUUUGAAUGUUCGCUUCCGUCCGAAUUUUGCUCCGCAAGGCAAGAAUUUCAAAAGGGGCCUCGUGUCUUCAUACCGUUUCCUCUUCAAUGCCGAUUUCGAAUACGCAGGUAGAGAUUUACUAACUAUUCAGCCAUAUCGUAUAUAUGGCUGUGGUGUUUACCCCUCUCUCAUGGUGGGUCUCUAGUGGAAAACAAAAGGAGCCGAGGAUCCCGAACGGCCCCCCUGUGAAUCCGUCCCCUUCCGAGACGGGAUCCUGGGAAUCAGACACUCUUAAAUUUCCUCUCUGGAAACGUAAUGUGGCCUCAUCUUCGAGGAACAUAAAGAGAAAGUGGAGGAGCCGAGAGGAGCGGAAGAUUGACAGGGAAUAUGAUAUAGUCCUCGUGCCUCCUGAUGGAGGGUGCAUAUCAGGAUCAGAAUCAGAUGACUCUGAUUGGUCAAUAGGGUGGCUGGAGCCUCACGGGCCCGGUUUCCGAAGUGAUGAUGAGUCGGAAGAUAGUUUCGCCGUAUUGGUCCCCUGUUACGGGCGUGAUAGGGAUGACUUGGAAGAUGACCGGAAGAGCAAACUCCUAGGAAUUGUGGGGAACAUUGCUGAUAUUUAUCCUGCUGAUGGCAACAACUACAUGGAACAAUGGCUUUCUUCACUGCAGAACAGCUGAUUUAGUGUGGCAUGCUAUUACUUGAUUCACAGGCCCACUCUACGUACGAGGGAUCUCCUUCAUUGCAUCUAUCAGAUGGUGUGGAAUUUUAUCAGUCUUAAGUUGUACUAUUGUUUGGGAAAAUGAAAAAUUAUGGAGCCAAUUAGUCGUGCUGGUGUUAUGAUGAACUGAUGAUGACACGAGUCCUAUUGUGUGACUGAAAUUCUUUGAUGUAAAUAUAUGCUGUACAUAGGAAGCCGGGCCGUGUUUUGUGUUAUUACUUGCUGUAAAUAUGUAAAUGUUCUUGUACAUUGGUAAGUGAAUAAAAAGACUAUUAUUAGUAUA